CUAAUCAUGUCCAUGUCAACAUGUCAUGUCACAAUUUAUAGUGAACGACACGUGAGAACUGAAACGCCUUUUUUAUUUUACCUAUAAAUUGAGAAAAUGCUAGAAAUCAUCGAUAAAACCCACAAGGAAAUAAUAGUAUGUACUGUACGCUUCACAACUGACUUUCUACUAUAUUUUGGCAGGCAACUUUUCGACAUGGAACUUUGAAAAUGUAAUGGGAAACGGAAAACCUGUUUUGCUCGUCGUCGCUUUCACACAUUCUACUUUCCCGACAACGUUCAUGGCCAACCCUACAUACACACACAUCAGUAGUCAGUAGGACAUUGGUUGCCUAUCAGGAGCGGAUGCAACAGUUGGAUUCGUCGAGGCAAUAAUGAUGGGAAGACGGCCCGUUAUUAUUCUUGUCUGUUUGACACUCGUUUUGACUUUGGCGUACCUCAUUGAUUCACCAGCAGCAAUUCCUUACUACCGAGGACUCGAUUCCUACCAUACAGCAGGAGACCCAGUGGCAACGUCAGGCAACACCAGGCGGAUUUUGAUCGUGUCGACUUGGCGGUCGGGAUCGUCGUUCCUGGGCGAACUCAUCGCCAGUUCGCCCGGCGUUUUCUAUUCGUUCGAGCCAAUGGCCAAACACGUCCCGUUCCUGUUCCGCUGCCACUUUCCCGACGACUACAUCCGGUUCAUCAACGGGACCAAUCACGUGAAACUCAACCGGCGGAUCUACGACGAGUGCCAAUAUUACAAGCGACCGUCCUUGUGCCACCAGCCGCAAAUGCUGGCCCAGCUCUGCGCUUCAUUUCCCGUCAAUUUGAUCAAGGCCGUCGAGUUGUCGGUCAAAGAUCUCGUCGCCUUCACCACCAAUUCGUCGUCGGCUCUUGCCGGCGAUCCCGUGACGGACCGUUGGAAAAUUAUUUACCUGGUCCGCGAUCCACGCGGCACCAUGGCCUCCAGGGCCAAAUUGAAGUGGUGCAUGGCCAAUCGGAAUUGCCGGGAACCGGCUCGACUCUGUAGCCGCAUCGAAGAAGAUUUCGACUUGCUGGAAAAACAUUUCACGGCCGGCCGGGAUUACCUGCUCCUGAAAUUCGAAGAUUUGGCCGUCAACGUUCAAUCGGAGACGGAGAAACUUUUCCGUUUCCUCCAACUGCCCGUCACGAACCUCACGACGGCCUUUCUCGACACCCACACGCAGUCGAAUAAUCAAACGGCCGAAAAGGAUCCGUUUUCCACCGUUCGCAAAUCGGACGCCGUGGCGUUCGGCUGGAAAAGGAAAUUGUCGCCGAAACAAAUCGCCAACAUUACCGAGUCCUGCGCGCCACUUUUGAAAAAGAUGGGCGUGAUCGUUUAGCCAGCAUAGUAUAAUACCUAAUGUCUCAGCUUUCAUUUCCUUUGGUGCAGCUUCACAUCAAUAUCGUUCCGAUUUUGUGCAGUGGCCAGGCAUUUGUCAACCGGGCCAAAUAUAGUAGAUAUCCGGUUGAGGUUAUUCAUUGCCAAUAAAAAUUUAGCCCGUU